AAGCGCAACAUCAGUUGACAAUUUCCCGUUAGUAUGGAGGAUUCAAACGUGAACGGUGUUUCCAAAAAGAUAGUCGCGACAUUUGUUUGCCAAAAGUCAUCACCGAGCUUCGAAAAAUCAACCCCGAAAGAAGAAUCAUCCUCCACCAAGACAAUGCAAGCUCGCACACAGCCCAAAAAACAAGGCAGUAUUUAACGGAAGAAAACGUGGCAUUAUUGGACCAUCCUCCAUAUAGUCCCGAUCUAAGUGCUAACGAUUUCUUUACUUUCCCGAAAAUUAAGGACAGACUGCAUGGUCGAAGGUUCCACCAGAAGAAGCAGUUGACGCAUUCAAAAAUGCCGUUUUGGAUCUGCCAGCAAAC